CUCGUGCGCUGCUCAAAUUGCAAACACAAGCAGUACCGCGUAAGCUGCUCGAUGCGACCAAACGUGUUGAUGUCUCGUCUUGUUGCGUUGCAUCGCCUCGUUGUCGUGUGAGUCGACUCGGUGUUGUUUUGCCGUCUCCGUCGGUCUAUCGAGAGCACAAGAUGCAACAACAAUCCGCUGGACCCCGCGUCACCGCGCGAGUCUUCCAGGCCAUCCAGAGCGUCGACACCGGUGAGCUGGCCCAGCUCUCGGAGCGCGAGCUCCGGCCGAUAUUGCCCUGCUUGGUUAGGAUCAGCUUGAUCGCGCCCAUCGAGACCACGGCUGACUGCAUGGAGGCCCGCCAGGAGAUACUCACCAUACUCUCCGGAAUCGAAAGCGUCAACGCCAUGGUCGCCCUUCUUUCUAUUGAUUUUCAUCAACUGAACGACGACGUCAAAAAAGAGAAAGAGCUUAGGGCAAAAAAAGAUACUGCUCAUUCUGACAGCAUCCUUGUUCCACCGACGCCAGCAUCAACUGUGCUGAUGGAGUUUGAACGUAGUGAUGCUAACAGACGUAUUCGUCUUGUACUCACUGAAAUUAUAUACAUAGGCGCGCAACUGCAAGAGUUGACAGAUAAUCCAGACUAUCAAAUCAAACAAUCAGAUUUAUUUGAAAGUGCUGUGUAUAUAGAAGAAAUUUGUCACAUUAUAUGUCUAGCUUUAGCAGAGUUACCAAAUCAAAUUUCAAUUCCAGAUACUUGUGAAACUUUACUUCACAUUAAGUAUGGACCAGAAAUGAUUUGUUGGAUAGUAGCAAACAAUCCUGAUACAUUUAUGGAAGUUUGUACAUUUUUAAUAGCUAAAGGUGAACGUCAAGAAGAAUCUGCAUUGAGUUCUACAAGAAUUCAAGCAUUGACCAUGUUGUGUCAAAUGAAUCCAAGCCAAGCAUUGGUAGUCAGAGCAAAAUGUAUAGAACUGUGCAGAAUGCCUGCUUUAGCUAUAACUUUGAGUUUAGAAAAUCAAAAUAUUCCUAAUUCAGCCUUAGAAAGUGAUAUUGUUGCUUUUGUUUCUGGACUUUUAUUGGGUACAGAUCAACAGGUUCGUUCAUGGAUUGCUAUGUUUAUAAGAAAUGGGCAAAAAAAACAAUUUGAAGCACGUUUAGCAUUGCAAGCACUCCGUGAUGAAUUACUUCGUAGACUCCAAGCAAUAAUGGCACAAAACACAGAUGGUAAAUUAGCAGAAUCCUGUGUAGUAAAAGCCAGUGCUUUACUUCGUCUUUAUUGCGCUUUACGAGGAAUUGGUACUAUCAAGUUCCAAGAUGAAGAAGUUGUUAUGAUUGUUAAACUUUUAAUCUCUCAUCCACCACCUACUCCAGCUGGUGUACGAUUUGUAUCUGUAGGAUUGUGCAUGCUAAUAGCAUGCCCAUCUCUUAUUGGUCAUCAUAAUUUAGAAAAGCCUUGUGUUGAAUGGGUUCAAUGGUUGGUUCGAGAAGAAGCUUAUUUUGAAAAUGCAAGUGGUGUUUCAGCUAGUUUUGGAGAAAUGUUGCUGUUGAUGGCUAUUCAUUUUCAUAGUAAUCAAAUACCGGCAAUUACAGAUUUGGUCUGUGCUACUCUUGGAAUGAAAAUACCUAUUCGGACCAAUAAUCUCUCAUUGAUAAAACAAAUUUUUACUAAUGAGAUAUUCACAGAACAAGUUGUUACAUCACAUGCUGUUAAGGUUCCAGUGACAGCCAAUUUAAAUGCUAACAUCACUGGUUUCUUACCAGUUCAUUGUAUUCAUCAACUAUUGAAAUCUAGAGCAUUCACUAAACAUAAAGUACCAAUAAAAAAUUGGAUUUAUAAACAACUGUGUGAUAGUGCACCUCCGUUACAUCCAGUGCUACCUGCGCUUGUGGAAGUUUAUGUGAACUCGAUUCUUGUGACCACAAAUAAAGGUCAUGAACAAACAAAUAAACCUAUAACUGAAGAGGAAAUUAAACGAGUUUUUCAGAAUAGCGACUUUGGUCUUGAUUUCGACAUGAAGAAGACAAAACGUUUAUCUGAACUAAAUAACGAAAAUAGCGAUUCAAUUAUACUUGAUAGUAAAACUAAACCUUCACUAACAUCACAACUAUUGCUGUUAUACUACCUGUUACUUUACGAGGAUGUUCGGUUGGCAAAUAUGAACAUUUUUAUUAAUCAACAUCGGAAAGUGAAAGCUUAUUCAACGGAAUUUCUCUCUGAGCUGCCAAUUAAAUAUCUUUUGCAGCAAGUGCAAAGAGAACAAAUAAAUUAUGCCGGUCUUUUUUCUCCCUUACUUAGGCUACUAGCAACACAUUUUCCUCAUCUCUCUCUUGUCGAUGAUUGGCUUGAUGAUGAAGCUAUACACGUUGAUCUCAGCCUAAAAAAUAAUGAUAGAAUCAUUAUUAACGAUGCAACUAUUACAGAAGCUUUUGAUUACAUACAUACAUGCUCAUCAAAAACAGGAAUGAUGCUUAGAAAACUCAUUUCUAUGAAACCGGUAGAUAUAUGGCCUCAUGCCAAAACUAUUGUACAAUUUUUUAAACGAGUUUUGGAUAAAAAAGUGCCCCGGUACAUACAAGAGCUUUAUCAACAAGUGUGGUUGAGAUUGAACACAGUAUUACCACGAGCAUUGUGGGUGCUAUCUAUAAACUCAUUGUUUAUAGAAGACUCAGCAGUGACAACUGUGUUUUUAACCCAAGAAACUAUUGUCCUAGAUCCACUGCAAGUUUUACGAUGUGAUAUGAGAGUAUUUCGUUGCGCUCCUGUACUAACUGUGAUACUUAGAAUACUGCAAGCAACUUUGCAAGCAUCACGUUCUCAGCUUACACGACAUAUGCAAGACAGGCCAUUUAUUGAAAGAAAUGGACCUAUGAAAGAAGAUGUAGAAAGAGAAGAGUUGAAAACUGCCUUGAUAGCGGGACAAGAAAGUGCUGCAGCUCAGAUUUUACUUGAAUCUUGUUUAGAAACAGAUGAGGAUAGAGAGGUUCCGGGACAAAUGUGGGCUCUCAGAGAAAUAAGAAGCGUUGUUUGUUCUUAUUUACAUCAAGUAUUCAUUGCUGAUCCUUCCCUAGCAAAACUUGUUCAUUUCCAGGGCUACCCACGCGAACUUAUACCGGUAACUGUUGCUGGCAUUCCAUCAAUGCAUAUUUGCUUGGAUUGGAUUCCAGAGUUAAUGGCACAACCUGAAUUAGAUAAACAAGUGUUUGCUGUUGAUUUAGUUUCUCACCUUGCUGUGCAGUAUGCUCUACCUAAAGCCUUAGCAGUUUGCAGAUUAGCUAUAAAUACUUUGGGUACAUUAUUAGGGGCUCUGCCAUCCCAAGAUAGAAUUUCCCUUUUCAUGCCCAUAUUACCAGCUCUAACACGAAUAGGUUUUGCAUUUCCACCGCUAGUUGAUGGAGCUAUCGAUUUAUUAGUGCAGCUUGGAAGAGUCAGUACAGCGCAAGCAGCUUUCGGAGAUCGUGAGGCAAAAAAAUUGUGCCAAGAAGUGAAUGCUACAUUCUCACAACUUCUUCAAAAAGCAGUGCUUCAAUCCAAUGUUUAUUAAUAGUAGAAAAAAAAUUCGUAACACCAAAUUUUUUCAAUUUGAAAAUAUACCCCGGAAAAUGUUAAGUUUAUUUAUUGUAAAUAUUACCGCCAAAAUAUUACUUUAAAAAGUUACUGGGAUCAUGGUUUCUAAUUUUUGUAGCAAAAAUGUAAUUAUUGACAUAUUGAUGUAUGAAAUCACGUUUUUAAAAUGUAGUUCGACGAUUUAAUGAGACUGCUGCAUUAAAAUCUUAUUUUUCACACAAUGAACAAUUAAAAUGUAAGAUAUUGAAUAUUUCCAGGUGAAUAAAUGUACAGAAUUGGUUUUAAGCUUGAGUUAAUGUUUUCAAA